AUGGCAAAUGCACAAAUUCAAAUUAAGUUCAUUGAAAGUGGCAGAGGAGGCGUCAUUUUGUCCUAUGGUGGCUUUAAGUUUCGGUGUAAGAGCAGUCGUGGUGAAAGAAGAUACUGGUCCUGUAUUGCCAAGGAGUGCACUGCAAGGGUCACAACUCUGGGUGAGUUGCUCCACGCCAUUGAGAUCAUGGGUCACUCCCACGACCCACUACCAUUCGAGUUUGAGGACGCAAUUACGCCGUUCAAGCUACUUCGUAUUGAAAACCUCAAUGCACUUAACAUUCCCAUUCCCAUCUCCCCCACCCGCCUCACCUGCACCUGUCACAAUGCCCCCAUUCCCCUCUCCCCCACCCGCCCCACCUGCACCUGUCACAAUGCCCCCAUUCCCCUCUCCCCCACCCGCCUCACCUGCACCUGUCACAAUGCCCCCAUUCCCAUCUCCACCACCCGCCUCACCUGCACCUGUCACAAUGCCCCCAUUCCCCUCUCCCCCACCCGCCUCACCUGCACCUGUCACAAUGCCCCCAUUCCCCUCUCCCCCACCCGCCUCACCUGCACCUGUCACAAUGCCCCCAUUCCCCUCUCCCCCACCCGCCUCACCUGCACCUGUCACAAUGCCCCCAUUCCCCUCUCCCCCACCCGCCUCACCUGCACCUGUCACAAUGCCCCCAUUCCCCUCUCCCCCACCCGCCUCACCUGCACCUGUCACAAUGCCCCCAUUCCCCUCUCCCCCACCCGCCUCACCUGCACCUGUCACAAUGCCCCCAUUCCCCUCUCCCCCACCCGCCUCACCUGCACCUGUCACAAUGCCCCCAUUCCCCUCUCCCCCACCCGCCUCACCUGCCACACCCGACCAUUCCCAUAUUCCCCACCCGCCUCACCUGCCACACCCCAUCAUUUCCAUCUUCCCCACCCGACUCACCUGCACCUGUCACAAUGCCCCCAUUCCCCUCUCCCCCACCCGCCUCACCUGCCACACCCGACCAUUCCCAUAUUCCCCACCCGCCUCACCUGCCACACCCCAUCAUUUCCAUCUUCCCCACCCGACUCACCUGCACCUGCCACAAUACCCCCAUUCCCAUCUCCCCCACCCACCUCACCUGCCACAUCCCCCCAUUCCCAACUUCCCGACCCGCCUAACCUGCACCUGCCUCAAUGUCCCCAUUCUCAUCUCCCCCACCCGCCACACCUGCACCUGCCACAAUGCCCCCAUUUCCAUCUCCCCCACAAGCCUCACCUGCCACAUCCCCCCAUUCCCAUCUUCCCCACCCGCCUCACCUGCACCUGUCACAAUGCCCCCAUUCCCAUCUCCCCCACCCGCCUCACCUGCACCUGCCACAAUGCCCCCAUUCCCAUCUCCACCACCCGCCACACCUGCAACAUCCCCUCAUUCCCAUCUUCCCCACCCGCCUCACCUGCACCUGCCACAAUGCCCCCAUUCCCAUCGCCCCCACCCAUCUCACCUGCACCUGCCACAAUGCCCCCAUUCCCAUCUCCACCACCCGCCACACCUGCAACAUCCCCUCAUUCCCAUCUUCCCCACCCGCCUCACCUGCAUCUGCCACAAUGCCCCCAUUCCCAUCUCCCCCACCCACCUCACCUGCACCUGUCAAAAUGCCCCAAUUUCCAUCUCCCCCACCCGCCUCGCCUGCCACAUCCCCCCAUUCCCAUCUUCCCUACCCGCCUCACCUGCACCUGUCACAAUGCCCCCAUUCCCAUCUCCCCCACCCGCCUCGCCUGCCACAUCCCCCAAUUCCCAUCUUCCCCACCCGCCUCACCUGCACCUGUCACAAUGCCCCCAUUCCCAUCUCCCCCACCCGCCUCACCUGCCACAAUGCCCCCAUUCCCAUCUUCCCCACCCGCCUCCCCUGCACCUGUGACAAUGCCCCAUUCCCAUCUUCCCCACCCGCCUCACCUGCACCUGCCACAAUGCCCCCAUUCCCAUCUCCCCCACCCGCCUCACCUGCCAUAUCCCCCCAUUCCCAUCUUCCCCACCCGCCUCACCUGCACCUGUUACAAUGCCCCCAUUCCCAUCUCCCCCACCCGUCUCACCUGCACCUGCCACAAUGCCCCCAUUCCCAUCUCCCCCACCCGCCUCACCUGCCACAUCCCCCCAUUCCCAUCUUCCCCACCCGCCUCACCCGCACCUGUCACAAUGCCCCCAUUCCCAUCUCCCCCACCCGCCUCACCUGCCACAUCCCCCCAUUCCCAUCUUCCCCACCCGCCUCACCUGCACCUGUGA